GGUGGGGGUAUGCAGCUGCUUGGGAGCACAGGAUGUACAGCGACCCGUCAAGCACAUUUUUACCCCACGUCACUCACCCCCGCGACCCGUCCCGUUCACCCCUCCUCCCCCACGGUGGCGGACCCGAGUCAGAGUUCCCCUCCCCGCCUCGCACCGCCCCGUCACACUCCGUUACCCCUAGCAACCACCGAGAUACAAAAACAGAGCGAGAGACGAGCGGCGGCCGGAGGAGAGGAGACUGGUGGGAUGGCGCGGCGCGGGCGUGUGGAGCUGCGGCGGAUCGAGGACCGGACGAGCCGGCAGGUGCGAUUCUCCAAGCGCCGCGCGGGGCUCUUCAAGAAGGCGUUCGAGCUCGUGGUCCUCUGCGACGCCGAGGUCGCGCUGCUCGUCUUCUCCCCCGCCGGGAAGCUCUACGAGUACGCCUCCUCCAGGUGUCAUAGGAAAUUCUACCUCGAUAAAUAUUCUCUCAAGUGGGAAUAGCUACAACAACUGGAUUUACAAGAACUUUGCUUUCUAUGGUGGUGAUGGUGCCUACAAUGAUAUACAUAUUAUUAUGUUUUACCAAUAUUAUUUGUUCGCAUGAUUGUUUAUACAGAUACUUCAAUUUAUUUAGCCAUUGUUCUUUUCUAAGCUUGCAUAUCACUUGAAUAUUGCUACCUUUUGAAAGCUUUUCUUUUUACUUGGUUGAAAGUAACUUUAGUGAUACAUACAAAAAAAUCAUUAUUCUACAUCUUUUAAAGAGUCAUCAAAGUGUAUCUAUGUUUUUUAAAGAUGACCAUAAAACAAAUUUCUAAUAAGAUAUAACGAAAUAGUCAUCAUAUAAAAGAGAAUAUAUGCUGGUGCACUAAUGUUCAUUUCCUUAUCAAAUUUCUGUUUAAUAUAAAUAAAUGUCGAAUAUUUCAUGUAUUUUUAUGAAUUUAUAAAUAUAUAGAAUCUAUUGAUUUGCAUGGACAAAGCUUUUAUUAAGUUUGGCCACCAAGCCUACAUGUUUAAAGCUAACUUUAGUCUUUUAUGAGGAUAAAUUUCUCUUUUACGAUAUAUGUUUUGGUGAAAUGCUAUAGUAUUCCUUAGCUAUGGUAUCAAAAUAUUUUCAUAUAAUUUAGUGUAGAAUUUCAUCCAAACUCAUGUUGUAAUUUAACGAGACAUUAUGAUGUUUAAAAAGGUGUACUUUUGGUCAUUUAACUCAUGUCUUGAUUUAGGUUGUUAGUUUGACAUAUAUAUUGUAGUUUCAGUUAAACUCAUAUCUUGAUCUAGGUUAUUUAGUUCAAAUUGUACCUUAUGGCUAAAUUCGUUCUUACACGCAACCCCUCUACCAAAUAAUUUUAUCUAUAAGCAGAACCCAUUGUCACAUCUCAUUUUUGUGUUCUCAUUCAUUUCCUCUCGAAUGCUCUCCUAUUCCUAACACUAUAACCUUCGCUAUUGGUGAUGAUUGUGGCAUCCAAAAAUAUCUAUGUUGAAACCACCUCUAAUCACCCGAGUGUAGUCCUGGCCAUCUCAGGCCCGGCCCUGUCGGCCCACCCAGGCCCGGCCCUAAAAUCCAGGACCUAGGCCCGAUGGGCUUGUUCGUGGGCCGGGCUUGGGCCUGAGUUUUGAGCCCAUCAACAGGGCCUGGACGGGCUUGGGCUUGGCAUAUUGGCAUUUUAAGGAAGAGGCCCGGCCCAUGGCCCUAAGCCCUAAGGGCUUUUCAGGGCUUUUUAUGAGAUGGGCCAGGCUUGGGCUUGAAAAGUAGGCCCGUUGGUAGGGCCUGGGAGGGCCUGGGCCUCAGUUUUCUGCCAUGGGCUUUUUUAGGCCCGGCCCAAGCCCGGCCCGGCCCGGCCCAUGGCCAGAUAUACCCGAGUGUAGUCAUCCAUGUCAAGCAUGGUUCCCUUCUUCUCAAGUCACCUAGUUUGGCCGCAGUCCUAUUUUUGUUCUAGUUCUUGUAUUUUAAUAUCCCAUCCUUCGAUGCUCAAGGGAUCCACAAUGGCGCUUCGUAUAAUAAGGUGAAGAGUUCCCUAAGUUGUAGCUUCCCAUCUCGUCAAGGUUCCCCCUCUCUUCUCCAAUUGUGCAAUAAGCGAAUCUCAACAACACAUAGAAUCGCUCUUGUCUCUCUUGAGGACCAAAAGGGUAAAUUUGGAGAAAGAUAGGUGAAGCGCAAUACAAAGGGGCUCUCGCAGCAAGGGGCUUUGCUUUCACAAUUUUCAUCACCCAACUCAAGGGCUAGGGGUCAUAUUUAUGGAAACCCAUAAAUAUGACCGUUGGAUGCCAAAAAAAGAAAAAAGGCUUGGAAGUUCUGAACAUCACACUAAAAGUACCAAACAAGUUCAAAAGUUGAAUAGUCAUGGGGGGACAACUCCGAAAGUGUCCAUAGCACUUGCAGGUACCAGAUGGUCCGAAAUCACCUUUGGAAGCCAACUACAUGGAGGUGCCGGAUGAAGAUCAUUCAUAGGUGUCAGAUGUUCAAAAUAACUCUUGCUCAAAGGUAUUUACCUAACAGUUCAUCCUCUGAAAAUGGCUUGGUGGAAAACGAAUAGGUCACAGACCGGAGAUUCCAAAAAACAUCACUCAAAUGUGCCAGAGCUAUAGUGGAACUACACUGGUUGGAAAAACUUACUAGCUCAGAAGUUCCAGACAUGGAAAACCCUUGGAGGUACCAGGCCUAAAAAGAGAUAUGCCUAAAUGAUGUGGUCCCUAGUAGUUAUGGAUAAGACUAAGUAGUUCCGAAAAGAAAAUGUGGAAACAACUACUUCGCUCAACAACUCUCUCAAAUCACUAGGCUUGAUAGUUUAAACCAAUUGGUCCGAUGGUACCAGGAAAGUGGUUGAAAUGAGAUAAUAAGAGCGGAAAAACGCGAGAGGUUGCUUCAAGAUAGUGUAUGUGCUCAUUCGUAGUUCUAAUGGGUGUGCCUCUAUAGAUAGUACGGUUGUCCUUAGAUUCAAGUGGAAUCUUGGAUCCACUAAAAUACGAGAGUAUUACUAACUAUUGAGCACUAGGCAAAAUUCAUUUUUGUAGUCACCAAUUUUUUUCGACUUAGCAUGGUGACAUAAUAUGAAAUUGUUGAAUGAGUGGACCAUGGCUCAUGUACUGCUGGCCCAGACCCAUAUAAGAGAUGUCUCGACCUAAGAGGAGGAUGUACUCGACCCUGUCUGGAUAGAAGCGCCGCCAGUGCAAUUGAGCUUGAUUGACUGAUAUGUCUCUCCUCCAAUCCCACGUGGUAUCAGAGCGUGUGGCUUGUGGAGAAGGCGGUGACGGUGGUGUUGGAUCUGGCGAGGCGGCAGGGUGCAGUGUCGAGGAGGGGCGAGUCCACGCGAGUUACGUGCACUGUGGCGAGAUUGUGCAGAGACACGGCGAUGGCGGUGCUUAGUAUUGAGGAUUUUCCCGAUUUCCUCUUGAUGGUUCUUGCCGCUCCAGGUUUCGGGCUCUCCGCGACUUGGCAGAGGAGCGAGAGGUGGUGUUACUGUGGUGCUGGAGGCGACGAAGAGUUGCUGCUGAUUGGAGGGGAGCAGGAGGCAGUGACUGUUGUGAGAGUUUAUGUUGUUGUCUUGGAGUGUAGAGUAGGAGCUGGUGGUGUUGCUAUUGCGUGCGGCUAUUCAAGGAGGAAGGCUAGUUGUUAUGCGGGGCUACAUUGGAGGAACAUGGCAGGUGGUUAUGUUGUGGAUAUGUCAAACGACUUGGCGGAGGAGACCAAAAUCAUGGAUUCAGUGUGGCCGGAUGAUGGAUGUUCGUGUGGUGCAGAGAAAGGAGGAAGGCAUAAAGGAGAUGAAAGGAUAGGAGGAGACCAUGACCGUAAGAGGUUACAUGUGACGAACCGGUGUGAGUUGUGCGAGGCAUAGGAGGCGACGACAAUUGGCGUUGGUUUGCUAUGGACAUGUGCAACAAGUAUGUGGACGUAAGUGUGCGCUUUGCUACUUUCCCUUGGCGAAGUGUUGCAGACAUUAGAGGAUACAUGCGAUAUUGAACAACAUGAUAGUCAAGAGGAUACUAGUCCUCCAAGUUUGGCUCAUUUUAUAUGUACAAAUGAGGGCAACACUGAAAAGGCCACAAUUGUUGUUGACAGAAAUCUGGAAUGGAUACUAGACUUUGGUGCAUCUCAACAUGUUGCAGGUGACUUCACAGAAUUUUAGUCAUAUGAUCAGCAAACUCCCUCUCCAAGUAACACCCUAUGUACAGGUGACAGGACAUUGCAGACUAUUAAGGCUAUUAGGAUAGUUCAAUGUACACCUAAAAUUAUGUGACCUGCAGUCCUACAUGUGCUAGCCUUCUCAGUCAAUUUGGUGUCUCUAAGUGCUCUAAUCAACCAGAAGUACACUUGACAAAGGAAUGUGCUAGAUUCGUGACAGCUCGACUAGAAGGAGGAUUGGGACUGGAAUAAGGCGUAUGGGACUGUUGUACAUGUACCGUGAGAGCUUUAUCAGAUGGGAAGCUUGGUGUUUGCGGCAGUUGUGGAAGAAAGAGGGUCCUCAAUGAUAAAAACAUCACUUCAGAAUGGCGCAUGUAUCCUUUGGUGAAAUGCAUAAGUUGUUUCUUGAUGUAAUGAAUGGAGUAGACAAGAACAAGCUAAAGUGUGAAUUGUGUGAUAGCAAAACACACGAGGACGUCUUAUGUAAGGGACUUAAAUGUAUAUCCCAAUUCAUGUGUAUUCACUCAGAUGCGUGGACAAGUCAUGUGGUGUCGGUUAGUGUUGUAAAGUAUUGUGUGACCUUUAUUGACUGCCAUUCACGUAUGUGAUCGAUUUGAUGCAUAACAACGAUGAAACUUUCCAAUGCUUCAAGAAUUUUUAUGCCUAUGCGAAAAAUAACUUCAAUGUUCAGAUACAAGUGAUAAGAACUGAUAAUGAUGUUGAGUAACGUGAACAAUGUGUUUGGGACUUUCAUAGCAGAGCAAUGGAUUUUGCAUCAAUCCUCAUGUCCGGACACUCCUCCUCAGAAGUGGAGUGGAAGAAAGGAAGAAUUGACAUAUUCUGGAGGUUCCCAAUCACCGGUGUUUAAUAUGAAUGUGCCGAAAUUCUUGUGGAGUGAUGUUGUGAUGACUACGGCAUACCAGAUCAAUCGCACAUCAUCAAGAGUAUUGGGUAGUCACCUUCUGAGUUACUUCCUGGAAAGAAUGAUUUUGUGGUUACUCCCAAGCUGUUUGGUUGUUUCUUCUUUGUCAGGGAUCACAUGCCAUCUGUGGACAAAUUGGAUCCACGGGUAGUCAUGUGUAUCUUCAUUGGGUAGUUUUCUGGGCAGCGAGGCUACAAGUGUUGGACUCCUUCUGGAUGGAGGACCUUUGUGAGCAUGGAUGUCAUCUUUAGGGAAUUUGAACCAUUUUACGCCGAGAAAAUUGAUGUUAGUCGCUUGUUUGACAGUCUUGACUAUACCCUGUCUCAUGUGAUAGGUCAAGAGGGGGAGAGUGGUGGUAGUUGUGGUGGUGCCGAUUCAGUGAUGCAUCAACCAAUUGAUAGUGAUAUUUCAAUAUAGCGAAGCGAGCAGCAAUCUCAACAACUGAUAAUACAACCGAGUGGGGACCAGUUGUGACUGAUGGGAUGCUGGGGUAGGCGAUGCUCCCACCCGGAUCGGUAGUUUACCAAGGUGGAUAUCAGAGCCAACAUGAGCAACUAAAGGUGUAUUCACGGAAGCGAGGUGAUGGUGUUGCACAUAAGGGGGGCAACUAGAUCAUCCAGAACUAAAGUUGUAUUCCAGAGGCGAGGUGAUGAUGUUGCACAUCAGGGGGGAACUAGAUUAGCCAUAGACAGAAUAACGGGAUAGUACGAUGUGAUUUGAAUCUCCUCUGAUGGGGAUCAGGCUGAACAUGAGUUAGUGACUACAAAAGGGUCAAUUCAUUUGCCAAUUGCUUUGAGAAAAGGUAUUCAAGCAAAAGUAGGGACACUAGAGGAAUGGUAGGGUUUUUAUGUCAUUGAUAUUUGAAAUUAUGUCUCCUAUGAAGCAUUAUGUCCAACCUACAAAGUGUUAGACUUAUAAUAUAAGUCAUGUACCCCUUUUGUAUUUAUCCCGUUGUAUGAGGGGUUUCCUGCAUAUGUUCCACACCUGUACAUGUAUAUAUAUAUCGGCCUAUGGCCUCAUGGGAAUACAAGUUGCUUAUUCCUAACAUGGUAUUAGAGCUAGGUCAUUUUUUUUUUGCACGCCGCAACUCGUGCUGAUUGAUCCGCCUCGCGACGCCACCGUCCUCUGUGGCCGUCGCUCUGUUCUCCGUCGCUCGUGCUGAUUUCCCUGGUUCUGAUCCAGUCGCCGACGUUAUCUCCAGCGGACGGCCGCCCGCCCGAUCCGGUCGCCCGUUUCCACCAAUCGCCGGCGCCCUCCCGCCCAAGCUACUCCGUUCUAUCCAUCGCGCGCCACAGCCGCCGCUAGCCCCGUCCGAUCCAGCAGCCGGCCAAGUAAAUUCACGUAUACGUCAUCUACGUCUACGUGUUUGUUGCUUGAGAAUCCAUCAGGUUUGGUCUAGCUAGCUUUGCACUUCGUGCACAACAUCGCUAGCCCCGCGCGCUACAGCCGUCGUUCGCCAAGCCCCGCUCGCCAGCCCCGCGCACUUCGCCAAGUCUAGUCGGUUCUAAAAAAAUGUCUGCUGCAUCGGGCUAUGUUGCUGUCCCUCGCUGUCCGGUGAUCUUUGAUGGUACUAACUACACCGAGUUUACUGGCUUCAUGCGCAUUCACAUGCGUGGCAUCCGUCUUUGGGGUGUUCUUUCUGGCGAGGUCUGCUGUCCGCCACGUCCAGUUCCUUCGGUGGCCCCUACUCCGCCAACUCCAUCGGUUCUUCCUACGGAUGCUAAUCAGGCCGCCAAGGAUGCGGCUAAGCUUGCUGAUGAGGCUGCUGAUCAUGCUUAUGAUGAGAGGGUUUUGGCUUAUGAGGAGGCUCUUCAGACGUAUCAUGGUGCUCUGUCUGUUUACACCCAGUGGCUUGAUGAUGAUGCUCGUGCUGCAGCUGUUCUCACUGCUAGUGUUCUGCCUCAGUUUGCUUCUGAAUUUCUGGGUCUUCCUACUGUCUUUGAGAUGUGGACCCGUCUUCGUGAGCGCUAUCAGCCCUCUGGUGAUGCCUUAUACCUCUCUGUGAUCCGUCAGGAGCAUGCCCUUCAGCAGGGUGACUCUACUGUUGAUGACUUCUAUGCACAGAGUUCUGCUAUCUGGCGCCAGCUUGAUUCUCUCCGUAGUGCUGGGUGUCGUACCUGCCCCUGUUGCCAGGCUGUCCAGGCCAAUUUGGAGUUUCAUCGCGUCUAUGAGUUCUUGUCUCGGCUCCGUAAGGAGUUUGAGCCCCGGCGUGCUCAGUUGUUUGCUCGUGGCCGUAUUUCUCUCAUGGAGGCGCUUUCUGAGAUUCGUGCUGAGGAGACUCGCUUACGUGGUGCUGGUUUGCUGGAGGUUCCCUCUGUGCUUGCUACUCGUGCUCCUACGCCACCUGCUCCAUCGACCACUUCUCGCUCGAGUGCUCCGCCGCUCUUGCCCACUCCUUCUGGAGGCUCAGGUCGCCCCCGUCCACAUUGCGCCUAUUGCAACAAUGAUGGUCAUCUUGAGUCUCAGUGCUACACGAAGAAGAAACACCUGCGCAAGGCUCGAUCAUCAUCUUCAGGGACUUCGUCAUCUACCUCGACAGCUUCAGCCAUUGCUUUGACUGAGCAGGAUAUUCUGAGACUUAAGCGUCUGCUCGCGGCUUCAGGUUCUUCCUCGACGGGUACUGCCGGUUCUGUGACUGAUGCUUCCCGCACUGAGCAAUCACCCUCUACACAGUCAGGACCGUCACACGCACACUCUGGUUGGGGCUGGCCCUCGCCGCCGUGAUUCUCAGGGUCUUUGGGAGUUGGACUGGCUUCAUGUUCCUUCUGCUGCCACCACCAUCGCCAGUUCUUCCGCUUCUG